AUGGAUCAAUCAAUUCUAAAAGGUCCCGACUGGGGCGCUCUGCCUCUUCAAACCCAGUCGCUCUUUAUUCUCAAGAGUGAGGACGAGUGGGCAAGCGCUCCUGGCCUCGAAUGGGUUCGCAUUGCCUCCGGGGUUGCUAGGAAUGGCUACCCGCAGGUUUUUGUCCUCGGCCUAUCUGUCAUUCUCCUCUGCAGAUAUGGAUUGAAUCGUCUUUACACCUCUGGGCUCGAGGGCAACCCGUCUCCGAUACCAUUUCCUGCCGAGAUGUGCAACCAGGUCCUACGGGCUACCUCGCUGGCUUUCACGGUCGUCGCGGCGAGCCGCGGAGAUGGUAGAUUGGCCGAUGCUAUUGCUCUAACUUACGCCUUUGUCCUCGGCUUCUCGCGUCUUGUGAAUGAUAUUGAGUGGAGGCACGUCGCCCUUCACCACGUCAACUUUACCCUUGUCGGCACUCUGCUCUCCCUCGCGAUAGCGGAGCUUCUUCCCUACAUUGAUACGGGUCAUGAGAGGCAUAUGAGCCCCAUGAUCAUAUGCGCAAUAUCUACCCUGGCUGCUACCGUCUUUGCGGCUUUCGCUACGCGAAGGGAGUGGAUUCCUCCGUCGUCACACCUCGUCGACACCAAGAAGGUAUCGGCUCAAGAACCAUCGCCCGAGGAAACUUGCAGCUGGCUGGAGUAUUAUGUGACUUAUGAAUGGCUUACACCCCUCAUGUUAAGGGGCAUGCGCCGGCAGAUGACUCUGGACGAGCUCCCCAAGCUUCCAUGGUACGACGAGCCACUGAUCCUCCUUCCCAAGAUAUUAGAGGCGCGACGAAAGGGAAUCUCCACAUUUUGGACUUUGGUGCGGUUCCUACCCACGGAACUCCUGGCCAUGGGCAGCUGGAUCUCGCUGUCUUUCCUUUUCGAGAUGAUAGCACCGUUCGCGACGUAUAAGCUGCUUGUAUAUCUAUCCAAUCCCGACGCCUCUCCCUUUCGGCCUUCUGUCUGGCUGCUGCUGCUAUUCGUAGGCCCUCUGUCCCGGUCCGUGUGCUUUCAGCAGUACAGCUUCACUUCAACUCGCUUAGUUGUGCGCGUCAGAGCAGCCCUGACGCAGGAACUGUACUAUAAAGCGAUAGGAUCGAUGGAGCCAGAGGACGAGGUUUUCACCGAAAUUGCCACCACGGGCAAAGACAAGGGUGUGGGCCAGCAGAACACUACCUCAGCGGGACGCUUAGCCAACCUUAUGGGCGCCGACAUCCAAGCUAUCGUGAUGGGUCGAGAUAUCGUCCUCGUCGGCUGCGGAGUAACAACAGGGUCGAUCGUAUCCCUCAUCGGCUUAUAUAAGCUAUUAGAUUGGUCGGCUCUUGUCGGCAUCGCCAUGAUGGCAUUGUUAUCCCCGCUUCCAGUUCUAAUCGGCCAACGCAUGGUGGGUAUUCAGCGGGACAUGAAGAAAAUACAGGACUCGAGAAUUUCAGUCAUCUCCGAAUAUCUGACCGCAAUCAGGGCAGUCAAAUACUUUUCUUGGGAGCACGCUAUCAUCGAGAAGGUUAGGGGGAUUAGAACGCAGGAGCAGAGAAAGAUAUGGGGUUUGAACAUGCUUUAUAUUGCUCUUGGUCAACUCACCGAAGCGAUUCCGACCAUGUCUCUGGUCGUCAUGUUCACUCUACAUGCUCUUGUUCGCAAGGCGCCACUGACGGCAGACGUCGCUUUCACGUCGAUCACUUUAGUCAGAACACUUCGCCGUAAUCUGUCGAUGGCAUCAAAUCUAUCGAGAGGUAUUACGGCUGCGGGCGUCUCCCUCAAACGCUUAGACCGGUUUUUCCAUCAUGCCACACCGCUGCGUUCCUAUGCAGAUGGCCCACUUCAAAUCAGCAAUGCUACUUUUAGACGUAGCCAGAAGGCCUCAUUUGCUUUGAGAGAUAUUUCCAUCAAUUUCGUUAAGGGCGGGUUAAAUGUAGUAACGGGCCAGAGCGGUAGCGGGAAGUCGACGUUGCUUCUUUCGAUGCUUGGCGAGACCAUCCUCGAGGGGGGCACAGUCACUCGUCCUAAGGAUGUUGCUUACGCAUCGCAGAGCCCCUGGCUACAGAACGAGACAAUCCGUGAGAACGUCCUAUUCAAUAGUCCCUUCGAGCCUCUGCGGUACGAACGCGUGAUAAACGCUUGCGGGUUGCCGACCGAUUUGAACGAGUUUCCUGACCGAGACGAAACCGAAGUCGGGGAAAAUGGGGCUUCACUUUCGGGAGGCCAGAGGUCUCGGGUUGCCCUCGCGCGCGCGCUAUACUCGAGGGCUCCCGUGAUUCUACUUGAUGACGUUUUUUCGGCCCUGGAUUCCAAAACAUCGGCAUUAUUAUGGGGGGAGGCGUUCUGUGGUGAACUACUUAAGGGAAGGACUGUUGUUCUUGUCACUCAGCUGCCGUGGGUUGCGCCUCAGGCCGAUCUCACGAUCGUACUAGAUAAUGGCUCCGUGAAAGAAAUCCAACAUAACAUCGGCGUGAUUCGGAAGUCUGUAGUACUAGAUGAAGUCCUUGUCGAUCAAGGCAAUCUUGAUGUGACUGUGGAAGCGGCUGCGGCCCAUACGACUAAAGUCAUCGGGUCUUCAACCAACGGGAUAAACGCUAGCAGUGACGUUAAAAACGCCGAUGCUAGACGGCCAGAUGAAGUGACUCAAGAGGCACUUCGGACUGGGUCGACCGCCCGUUUACAAUUCUUCCAAUAUAUGCGGCUUUUUGGCAGCUCAUUCAACGCCAUGCUCGCUAUCGUCAUGAGUAUCCUCUCUACCGCUUCGUUUGUAGGAACGGGAUUAUGGAUCGCCGUUUGGGUAGAUGCGUACGGGAGGGACGACGCGUAUAACGUUGCCUUCUACCUUGGGAUCUACGCGGCAUGGAGCAUUACGGAUAUACUCUUCAGUGGGCUUACGUAUGUUGCAUAUGAGAACGGCGGUUGGUUUGCUGCCCGGUCUCUACACACCGAUAUGAUGAAAGCCAUCAUGAGCGUACCCCUUUCUUGGUAUAAGGUGACCCCUGUUGGCCGAAUUGUGAACCGGUUUUCCAGGGACAUGGAUUCCAUCGAUACAACCUUGGCUGGGAUGCUUCGGACAUGCUUCGAAAUGCUCACUCGGCUCUGCUUUCAGGUCAUAGCUGUCGGUUCCGUGCUCCCGGUUUUCAUCGUCCCCGCUGCAGCAUGCUGCGCCGUGGGUGUUUUUGCAGGGGAGCUGUACACAAGAACUGCCGUUGCAGUCAAGCGGCUUGUAUCGUCGUCGCAGUCCCCGAUGUUUGCGCAGUUUGCUGAUAGCCUAGCUGGUCUACCCGUGAUUCGCGCACGCGAAAACAUGGCCCAAAUCUUCGGCGAUAAGUUGGCAGACAAAAUGCGUGUAUAUGAGAAGGCCACCGAAGCUCAAUUUAACUGUAAUCGAUGGGUUGCCCUGAAGGUCGACAUGAUGACCACUCUAGUUACUGUCGCCGCAGGGGUUAUUGCCGUAUCAAAAGCUGGAGUUGUGGCAGCCGGCCUCGUUGGAUUCUCGUUGACAAAUGCUACAACACUUAGCCAACUCAUACUCUUGCUCGUUAGGCACGGGAACGAGCUGGAGAUUGAGCUACAGAGCUUUCACCGAGUUCGUGAAUAUGCCGCUGCUGAACCAGAAGAGAAGCCGAGCGAGUACGGAGAUGUUGGCAGUUAUUCCGAUGACCCGGAAUCCACGAUGCCCGAGAAUUGGCCAACAAGCGGCGAGGUUGAAUUUUGUAACGUAACCAUAAAGUACGAUGCCGAUGGACCAGAAAUUUUGAAGGGCAUCAACCUCAAAUUUGCAGCCGGCGAGAGAGUUGCAAUCGUCGGACGGACCGGAUCUGGGAAGAGCACUUUGAUCCUAUCUUUGCUGCGUUUCACCAACAUCGUUUCAGGCAAGAUCAUUUUUGACGGGGUUGACAUCGCGAAAUUCCCACGUAGGAGGCUCCGAGAAGCACUUACAAUUAUACCGCAAGAAGCAGUGUUGUUCAACGGCGAUGUUAAAUCAAAUCUUGACCCAACGGGAAAGGUCCCCACGGAGACACUGAAGAAGGCCUUGCAGUACUGCAGCGGGGUUGCGUCGUUUCGGUUCCAUCAGGACGGAGAACGCGAGCGAAACGGUCGGGGACAAUCUAAUGCCAUCUCCUCCGGCGAACUGCAAAACGACAUAGGCAUCGCUCUCGAAACUGCAGUGAAACCACAAGGCGAGAACUUUUCCCACGGCCAGCGGCAGGUGCUCUCACUUUGCAGAGCUCUAGUACGCAAGAGUAAGCUGAUGCUGCUCGACGAGGCGACUGCAAGCAUGGAUUAUGAGACAGAUCGGGGGUUACAGGAGGUCCUGCGAAAAGAACUGAGCGAGAACGGCCGAGACAGGACGCUAGUCACUAUCGCCCACCGCCUCAAGACGAUCAUCGACUACGACCGCGUAGUAGUCAUGAGCGCAGGUUCGGUUUUAGAAGACGGCAGUCCAAAAGAACUCUACGAGGCAAGGGGGCAAUUCUACGAUAUGAUGAAGCACAGCGGUGAAUUCGGGGACCUAGAGAGGUUUCUCAACACGAAGACAUAG